CACCAUGCUCUCUGACUACACUUGUAGCUUGGCAAUUAAUAUCCUCGAUUUAAGAUGAGUUUGCGAUUGACAAGAAGCUGCAUCGUUAGCAGCGCCACUGUAGCAACGAGCGUGAGAGCUGUAACCUUCACACCCCUUGCACUGUAGACAUGAGGUUAGCAUAUCGUCACUCUGGGUGCCCAUGUGAGAAGCUGAGAUGACUGGCGUUCAAACUGGCACGACCGCGCGCCUGCAGGUUGCACAAUCAUGUGCUUGCCAGCCCGUUUGCUCUCUCACCCAAAUCGUCAGUCGCGCAAUCAACCCCUCAUAACCCCCUCUCCUUGACUGUACCUCUUCUUAUCACACCGCCAUCAUGUCGACAGAAGAUACCGGCCUCAGCUUCACACCAGAAUCGCUGGCGCAGGCAAAGGCUAAGGUAAUGGCCGCGCAGGACGACCAUCCAGAAGGCGCCACUAUCCGCCGCCAGGUUGAAUUCUACUUCUCUGACGAGAACCUGCCUACUGACCUCCAUCUUCUCCAGCAAUGUGGCGGACGCGAGAAUGUUCCAGUGUCGAUUAGUCGCAUCUGUGGCUUCAAGAAGAUGAGAUCCUACAAGCCCAAGCAGCUUGUGGUUGCUGCUCUCCGCAAGAGCGCAUUCCUGGAGGUUUCUGCCGACGGGAAGACGAUCAAGCGCAAAGUCGCCCUGCAGGGCAAGACGCUCUUGGACGAGGACUUCUGCAAGGACGACGAUGACCUUGCCUACGAUAUCCGCAAUCGCAAGCCUGCCGUAUACCCAGUCCCGCUGCAAUCCCAGCAGAAGAAGGUCUACCCUGAAGGCACGUCCAAGAACAUGCAGAAGCCCACAGGAUUCGAGACCACCUACAUUGAGCCACCCAUAAAGCCCGAGGAAGCGGAGGAGGAGGACAGGAUGUACGACCCGAACAAGUCAUUUGUCGAACGCAUCGAGAUCGCCAUCCAGCGCUUCAAGCAGAAGCGGCGCAUGCACGAGAUGUACUCGAAGAUCUUCAACAAGCUCAUGCGCUACGGUGGCGUCGACUCCGGCCCGCGUAUGCACCAGGGCAUCUCCAAAGCCGAGAUGAAGGACAUGGAUGCAGAGGAAAUCGCGCGAGCGCUCGCUGUCCACACUGUGCCUUGGGACCGCUCGAACGAGAAGCAUUGGACUGUUGACUUCUAUGGUGUCGGGGCUGCAUUCUUAUCUUCGUGGUACCCGUCACAUUUCGGUUAUGCUCCUGGAGGCAUCAAGACUGCUUGCCAAGUACUUCGGUCGUUCUACAACUACCUUCGCUAUCACCGAGUCUGCCCAGAGUAUGACGAACAACUUCAAGCUGCUCUCAAGCUGUGUGACACUGCCGAGCUGGAACUGGUCAAGGUGGAUGCUGCUGGUCUUGCUCUUCCAGGCGACUUCAACACGUCGGCGAGUACCUUGUUUGGCGGAUCGUCUGCUGGGCUGUUUGCGGCCGACAAAAUAUGGGCUCAAGAAGGGCAGAAGGACGGCAUCGACCUCACCGAGAUGGGCCUCCGGGAUCAAGAGGCACGAAUCAAGUUCAGCACAGGCGUUGCCGCACUGGGUACGGACGAGCAGCAAGACCUUGUCGGUGCUACUAGUCUGAAGAUUCUCAAGAAGGAGACGACUGGUCUCGAGGUCGCCGCUAUCACCAUGCCCGACAACAUCGCAAGAGAGCUGUAUGCUGCACAGGCCGAAGUUGUGAGAAAGAAGCUCGUCCACCUCGAGCCGCUUGGCAAGCUCAAGUGCAACGUUUGGCACUCUAGCGACUGCGACGAGUGGGACCUACCCAAAGGCAAGUAUCCCGAUGGAAGUCCUCACAAGGUCGACAGAGGGAAGACGUUUGAGUUCUGGGUGGAGGAGAGUGUCCUGGGUGAGUGCUUCACCGGCAUGAAGAUCGAUGCUACCGUCAUUACGCGCGAAGGCGGCUUCAUGAUCCUCGACGACGUGAAACAAGUGUACUGCAGCUUCUAUGCCUGGCUUCCGAACGAGCUCUGGAUGGAGAACAAACCAAAAGAACUGCGCUGGCUGGCAAAGGGCCUACCCGAGCAUGAAGAGAUUGAGAUUAACGGGGUCAUGGUUGAGGGCCAGGAGAAGGCCCAAGAGAAUGACGAGUUUGAUGACGAGUAA